AUGUCAACCUGCAAAACUAUAGGAAUUGACUUGGGCACCACAUAUUCCUGUGUGGCUGUAUAUCAGAAUGGAAAAGUAGAGAUCAUUGCCAACGAUCAAGGAAACAAGACUACUCCUUCAUACGUCGCUUUCACAGACUCCGAACGAUUAAUAGGAGAUGGAGCCAAGGAUCAAGCUGCUCGUAAUCCACAGUGCACAGUCUUCGAUGCCAAACGAUUGAUCGGACGUCAGUUCAACGAUCCUCAGAUCCAAGAAGAUAUUCGUAACUUCCCAUUUGCUGUCAAGAACAAAGGAGGAAAGCCGAUCGUAGAGGUCGAGUUCAAAGCAGAGAAACGUCAGUUCAACCCCGAAGAAAUCUCAGCGAUGGUUCUGACCAAGAUGAAGGAGACUGCUGAAACUUAUUUGGGACAUGAAGUUCGAGAUGCCGUUAUCACAGUUCCCGCCUACUUCAAUGACAGUCAACGACAAGCCACCAAAGAUGCUGCCACGAUUGCUGGAUUGAACGCCAUCAGAAUCAUUAACGAACCCACUGCCGCUGCUCUAGCCUACGGAUUGGACAAAAACAUGCAAGGAGAUCGCAACGUUCUUAUUUUCGAUCUCGGUGGUGGAACCUUUGACGUCUCUAUUCUCCAAAUCAGCGAGGGCUCACUCUUCGAAGUGCUGUCAACUUCCGGAAACACACACUUGGGUGGCGAAGAUUUCGAUCAACGUCUACUCAAUCACUUCGUUGCCGAAUUCAAACGCAAACACAAGAGGGAUCUCAGCAAUAACCCACGAGCACUCAGACGCCUUCGUACAGCCUGUGAAAGAGCCAAGCGAACAUUGUCCAGCUCGGUAGAAAGUGUGGUGGAAGUGGACUCGCUCUUCGAAGGCAUUGAUUUCCAUUCCUCAAUCACUCGCGCUCGUUUCGAAGAGUUGUGCAACGACUUAUUCCGCUCUACACUGGAACCUGUGGAAAAAGCUCUCCGAGAUGCCAAAUUGGACAAGUCUCAGAUCAACGAACUUGUGCUGGUCGGAGGAUCAACUCGCAUCCCUCGUGUUCAGAAGCUCCUCCGAGACUUCUUCAACGGCAAAGAACUCAACUGUUCUAUCAACCCUGAUGAAGCCGUAGCUUAUGGAGCAGCCGUUCAAGCCGCCGUUCUCUCAGGCGUACAGGAUCGUGCCAUCAAGGAUGUUCUUCUUGUGGACGUGGCUCCACUCAGCCUCGGAAUCGAAACAGCUGGUGGAGUCAUGACCAUCUUGAUCGACCGCAACACUCGAAUUCCUACCAAAGCUAGCAAGACUUUCUCAACAUUUGCUGAUAACCAACCAGGAGUAACAAUCCAAGUCUUCGAGGGAGAGCGAGCUAUGACGAAGGACAAUCACCCUCUUGGAUUGUUUGAGCUCAGUGGAAUACCACCAGCUCCUCGAGGUGUUCCUCAAAUCGAAGUAACUUUCAACGUGGAUGCCAAUGGAAUUCUGAAUGUCUGUGCUGAGGACAAAUCCACUGGAAAACGAAAUCAAAUAACCAUCAAGAACGAGAAAGGACGAUUGAGCCAGGCAGAUAUUGAGCGAAUGGUCAACGAAGCCAAGGAAUUCGAAGCUGAGGACAACAAGGCUCGUGACAAGAUAGCAGCUCGCAACCAAUUGGAAUCCUAUACCUAUCAAGUCAGUCAGGCUCUUGAAGAACAUGCCAAUAAGCUCUCACCGGAAGAUCGAAACAAGGCUCGAGCGGCUUGUGAUGAGACCAUACGCUGGAUGGAUUCGAAUCAAUUGGCUGAAAAGGAAGAAUUCGAAGAUAAAUACAAAGAGUUGGAGAAGGUGUGCCAGGCCAUCAUGAGGAAAAUCCACGAGCCUGCUGCCUCACAAUCCUGUGGAAAUCAGAGCGGAAGCGGCUUUGCUCAAGGAAACUAUCCAUCAAGUGGACCAACUGUAGAAGAAGUUGACUAA